GGCCCGGCUCGGCCCGGUUCAGCCCGGUUCGGCUCAGCCCGGGCGCGGUGUGGUUGCCCCGCCCCGUUCGGUGCCGGCGGGCUCUGCCCGGCCCCCGCGGCGCCGCUCCUGCCGAUGCUAUGCCAAAGCCAGAGGUGUCCGCAUCCUACCAGGAGCUGAGUGAAGAUGUGGAGCGAGUUUCUGAAAACCCAACAGAUGAGAAAGAAGGAGAGAUGGAAGUUCAUGAAGAUUCCAGCUCUGUUAUUUUACCAGAUGGUGAACUGGGUACCACUACCCCUUCUUUGCGUUUCAGCAAGACCUGCCUAAAGAAUGUUUUCUCAGUAAUUCUCCUGUUUAUUUAUCUGCUGCUCAUGGCUGUAGCUGUGUUCCUUGUCUACCAAACCAUCAGUGACUUCAGGGAGAAGCUCAAGCACCCAGUGAUGUCUGUCACUUACAAGGAAGUGUCCUUGUACGAUGCACCUGGUAUUGCCUUUUACCCAGGCAAGGCUCGGCUGCUUAGCUGCAAACAUCAUUACUACGAUCACAUUCCGCCUCUGAUAAAUCCAGGUCAGCCAGGAGACAUUGAAUGCACCACUCAGAGGAUCAACUACUCAGAUCCUUUUACUAAUCAAACUAUGAAGUAUGCUUUGGUUGUCCAAGGCCCUCGGGAUGUGAAGAAAAGGGAGCUGGUGUUUUUGCAGUUCCAUUUAAAUGAAACAGACCAAGAUUUCAGUGCCAUUGACUACCUUCUGUUUUCUUCUUUCCAAGAGUUUGUCAGCAGUACAGAAAAAGCAAAAUUCAUGAAGGACUGUGAAAGUUCAUACUCCAGCUGGAAGUUUUCYGGGGGCUUCCGAACUUGGGUCAAGAUGUCCUUGGUCAAAACAAAAGAAGAUGGUAGUGAGACUGUUGAAUUCAAACAAGAGACCAGUGUGGUCAACUACAUUGACCAGAGAACUAAACCAAGGAGUGACCAGCUGUUUUUCGUGGUGUUUGAAUGGAAAGAUCCCUUUAUACAGACUGUUCAGGACAUUAUCACAGCAAAUCCCUGGAACAUGAUUGCUCUUCUUUGUGGUAUCUUCCUGGCUCUGUUUAAGGCAGCAGACUUUGCUAAGUUAAGUGUUAAGUGGAUGAUYAAAAUCAGAAGGCGGCAUCUGAAGAGGAGUCGUCAAGUAACAAACCACAUAAGCUGAGACUGCCUUUAAACUGCUCAUAGCAGGAGGGAUAGAAAAUAACUGGAAUAAACUUCAAUCAGCAACUAAAGCUGCAAACCAGGUAUGUUUUCUUCCAGAGCAACGCUGGCUGRAGGAACAGCCUAGUGAACCGGCCUUUGAACUGCAGAAGGAGMUAACUCUAGGACAGGUCUAACAAACUCACGCUUUUCUAGUCCCUGUUUAACAAGUUUACCUCAGAGUAUGGGGCAACCAGGGGGAAAGAAGGGAACUUAUUAUAUGUUCAGACAGUCAUCACGGUAGUAAAUUGUGAAAAAGUGGACAGUGUUUGAAUGCUUCUCAAACAGACCCUUUAGUUUCUGCAUCAGCUGUGAGCUGCUCCUAUAGCACAGUCACUGCCUUGCUGGUGCUUAGUGGAAGGUGAGGUACUCUGAGAACAUCCUGGCCUUUCUUCUCCAAAGUAUGUUUUAAAAUGGAAUACACUGGAAUUCUAUUACAUGUCAUUUUUGAUUUAAAGUACAAUGACUUUAAUAUUAAAAAAUACUUCAAGUAAGCUCUYGUGUGCCUUCUUUGGAACUACCUGCUCUCAGGUUCAGAUGGAACUUUACAGGACGAAGGAGUAUUAUGGCAUGAGGAUGAGGUGAAAACCAAAAAGCUCCUCCUGACCAGUCCAGCUCACAAGAAACUCAACCAACAGGACUGAGCUGGUAGUCGAUUUCAAAGUCUAUUGUUUAUCCCUCUUUUCCCCAGUCUUUCCUAAGGAAGUGAAAAACAGUCUUUCACCAGCACAGCACAGAACUGUGAUUCUGUUCCAUGGGCAAUGCCUGCUCACCCACUGUGCUGGGGUGGUGGUGUUUUUUUCUUCCUUAUAAGUCCCGUGUUAGUUGAGAUGCCUGACUUGGACAGUGUGGAGUGUACAGGGAGCAGGGCACCUCUGAGUGUUUGCUCUGGAGGCUUUGCUGCAAGGAUGCCAAGGCACAGUUUGCUUCUUCCUUCCUCUUCUAGCUGAGUACUCAGAAGAAUCAAAAGUGAAUCAAAAGUACCCCCUCACCUUUUUUUUUCUUGUUUUUGGCAUCUGAGGAAGCCUUCUUGAACAAAAUUUACUACUUUCAGCUGAUUUCCAGAGCACAUUAAGGCACUGCAUUGACCAGACACAGCCUCAGCCAAGGGAGCAGCAACUCACUGUAGUAAAAUAAACAAAACAGCAGCACUGGCUGUUUGGAGGAAAGUGUUAAAGGUGGUGUCCAGUCACCACCUUAUCCACWGUAUCUCACAACGGUGGCUCCUGAACAGCUGAGCCUAGUGCAUAGCAAGGGAAUGAGAUUAAAGUGCCAAACUGUGCCUGGCUGAAGCAAACAGAGCUACUCCAUUCCUGGGGAAUGGAGAACAGAACAGAAAUCGGGCAGAGGGUGGGGGGGGG